AAGCCGGGCUGGGCUGCGCCGCGCGGGCGGUGAGCGGCGGCUCCGGUCCCCUCAGCGCGGACCCGAAGGGGUUCGGGCCGCUCGGGCCGGCAAUGGCGGCGGCGGCCGAGCCUGGGGCCCGCGCCUGGCUGGGCGGCGGCUCCCCGCGCCCCGGCAGCCCGGCCUGCAGCCCCGUGCUGGGCGCAGGAGGCCGCGCGCGCCCGGGGCCGGGGCCGGAGCGGGCGGGCGCCAGAGCCCCGGGCCCCGCCGCCGCGCCGGGACACAGCUUCCGGAAGGUGACGCUCACCAAGCCCACCUUCUGCCACCUCUGCUCCGACUUCAUCUGGGGGCUGGCCGGCUUCCUGUGCGACGUCUGCAAUUUCAUGUCCCACGAGAAGUGCCUGAAGCACGUGAGGACCCCAUGCACGAGUGUGGCGCCCAGCCUGGUCCGGGUGGCUGUGGCCCAUUGCUUCGGCCCCCGCGGACUCUACAAGCGGAAGUUCUGUGGUGUCUGCCGCAAGGUCUUGGAGGCGCCCGCGCUCCGCUGCGAAGUGUGUGAGCUGCACCUCCACCCAGACUGUGUGCCCUUCGCCUGCAGUGACUGCCGCCAGUGCCACCAGGAUGGGCACCAGGACCACGACACCCACCACCACCACUGGCGGGAGGGGAACCUACCCUCGGGAGCACGCUGUGAGGUCUGCAGGAAGACGUGCGGCUCCUCUGACGUGCUGGCCGGCGUGCGCUGCGAGUGGUGUGGAGUCCAGGCACACUCUGUCUGCUCUGCGGCCCUGGCCCCCGAGUGCGGCUUCGGACGCCUCCGCUCCCUGGUCCUGCCGCCUGCAUGCGUGCGCCUGCUGCCUGGCGGCUUCAGUAAGACUCAGAGCUUCCGCAUCGCCGAGACCAUGGAGCCAGGUGACGGGGGAGACGGUGCGGAUGGGAGUGCUGCUGCGGGGCCAGGCAGAGAGACGCCGGUGCCUCCAGAGUCCGGGAAGAAAACACUGAAGAUCUUCGAUGGCGAUGAAGCGGUGAGGAGAAGCCAGUUCCGCCUCAUCACGGUGUCCCGUCUAGCCAGUGUGGAGGAGGUGUUGGAGGCCGCGCUCCGGGCCCACCACAUCCCCGAGGACCCUGGCCACCUGGAGCUGUGCCCGCUGCCCCCUUCCUCACAGGCCUGUGACGCCUGGUCUGGGGGCAAGGCCGGGAGUGCUGUGAUCUCAGAGGAGGGCAGAAGCCCAGGGUCUGGGGAGGCCACGCCGGAGGCCUGGGUCAUCCGGGCUCUGCCUCGGGCCCAGGAGGUCCUGAAGAUCUACCCUGGCUGGCUCAAGGUGGGCGUGGCCUACGUGUCCGUGCGAGUGACCCCGCAGAGCACCGCCCGGUCCGUGGUGCUGGAGGUCCUGCCGCUACUCGGCCGCCAGGCCGAGGGUCCUGAGAGCUUCCAGCUGGUAGAGGUGGCAAUGGGCUGCAGGCACGUCCAGCGGACCGUGCUGGCGGAUGAACAGCCCCUGCUGGCCCGGCUACAGGAUAUCCGGCAGGUGUCCGUGCGGCAGCUGAGCCAGACGCGGUUCUACGUGGCAGAGAGCAGGAAUGUGGCCCCGCACAUCUCCCUGUUCGUUGGCGGCCUGCCUCCCGGCCUGGCCCCCGAGGAGUACAGCAGCCUGUUGCUUGAGGCUGUGGCUGUCGAAGCCACUAUGGUGUCUGUGAGUCACGUCUACUCCUCCCAAGGUGCGGUAGUGCUGGACGUCGCCUGCUGUGCAGAGGCUGAGCGGCUGUACGCGAUGCUCAAGGACACGGCUGUGCAGGGUCGCCUGCUCACUGCCCUGGUGCUCCCUGACUUGCUGCACACGAGGCUGCCCCCAGACAGCCGUCCCCUCCUUGUGUUCGUGAACCCCAAGAGUGGAGGCCUCAAGGGCCGAGACCUGCUCUGCAGCUUCCGGAAGCUGCUGAACCCCCACCAGGUCUUUGAUCUGACCAACGGGGGUCCUCUUCCUGGGCUCCACGUGUUCUCCCAGGUGCCCUGCUUCCGGGUGCUGGUGUGCGGUGGCGACGGCACCGUGGGCUGGGUGCUCGGCGCCCUGGAGGAGACGCGGCACCGACUGGCCUGCCCGGAGCCUUCUGUGGCCAUCUUGCCCUUGGGCACAGGGAACGACCUUGGCCGAGUCCUCCGCUGGGGGGCGGGCUACAGCGGUGAGGACCCCUUCUCCGUGCUGCUGUCUGUGGACGAGGCUGAUGCUGUGCUCAUGGACCGCUGGACCAUCCUGCUGGAUGCACAUGAGGCUGGCAGUGUAGAGAACGGCAGGGCAGACGCAGAGCCCCCCAAGAUCGUGCAGAUGAGUAACUACUGUGGCAUUGGCAUUGACGCGGAGCUGAGCCUGGACUUCCACCAGGCACGGGAAGAGGAGCCUGGCAAGUUCACAAGCAGGCUGCACAACAAGGGUGUGUACGUGCGGGUGGGGCUGCAGAAGAUCAGCCACUCUCGGGGCCUGCACAAGGAGAUCCGGCUGCAGGUGGAGCGGCAGGAGGUGGAACUGCCCAGCAUCGAGGGCCUCAUCUUCAUCAACAUCCCCAGUUGGGGCUCGGGGGCCGACUUGUGGGGCUCCGACAAUGACGCCAGGUUUGAGAAGCCGCGCAUGGAUGAUGGGCUGCUGGAGGUGGUGGGUGUGACGGGUGUCGUGCACAUGGGCCAGGUCCAGGGCGGGCUGCGCUCCGGAAUCCGGAUCGCCCAGGGUUCCUACUUCAGAGUCACGCUCCUCAAGGCCACCCCGGUGCAGGUGGACGGGGAGCCCUGGAUCCAGGCCCCUGGACACAUGAUCAUCUCAGCUGCAGGCCCUAAGGUCCACAUGCUGAGGAAGGCCAAGCAGAAGCCGAGGAGGGCCGGGACCACCAGGGAUGUCCAGGUGGAUGCCGCGCCUGCCCCUGAGGGCGAUCCUAGGUAGGGGUGGCCGGGGCUCCUGCGGUCUCUGCCCCCACUGGUGUGUUUUCAGGUGGUCUGGAGGCAGCUGUGUCCACACAGUGGCCAGCCCCGUGGUCCGACCUGGCUUCAGCCCUGACUGCAGACCUUCCUGGGCCUGGAGCGGGACCAGCCCUCAUCCCAUUGGUGCCACACAUGGGUGUCACCACCUUCAUCCCACUGGAGACUGCUGUGCAGGUGGCAGUGUGUCCCACGUCCCGCGUGGGCACGGGCUCUGGCUGGCAAGCCCUCUGCCCUGUGGGGGCCCAGUCCUCUCUUGGAGGGUGAGCACCCAUCCCUCCAUACCUCUCCCCACUGAGCCCCUUGAGCUGGACAGUGCUGGACGCAGGCCGUCCAGGUGGGUCUGACCUUGCUUUGUGCCCCUCAGGCUGUGCCCCUGGCUGGUCCUUCACAGCAGCAGGCUCCCUGGCAUGUCCCUGUCCCAGCACACAUGCUGACAACCCCUCUAGCCUCACUUCGCCACCCCCGGCAGCCCCUGGCAGGCAGCGUUUAUCGGGCUGCCAGGUGGUGGUGACUGGUGACUUCCUCGUGUGUCUCGGGGGAGUGGAGAAGGUGCCUUCGUUUUCUGGCCUUGUUAUCUAUAGAUGGCAGCUUGGACCCCAAGUGCAGCCGCAGGGGUAGGCAGUGCCCGGCUGCCCUUUCCUAGUGCCUGUGCUGGGGGAGGAGAACCUCUGUCCGCAUGGAGGGCAAGUCUUGGGUGCCGCCCUGACAGCACCGUAGCGUGCAUCUGCUCCUCAGCCCUCAGGGUGGGCACUUAGCACGCAGAAGGGACCAGAAGCAGGGCCCAGCGGUGCAGAGGAGCUGGAGGUGUAAAUAGCUCUAUGCGUGUGGUGGAGCUGGCUUUCAGUCCCAGACCCCACGCUAGCACUUUCUGCGCUGCUUGAAAGCCGUUGACGUGUAGUUUCGUGUUUGUGUGAGCUGCUGUGCUCGGCCCUGUCCCUCGUCAGCAUGUGGAGAUCCUGCUCCUGCAGUGCCCCUGCUCCCAUGCCCCCAGACAGCUCAAUGGAGGGGGCUGCGUCUGGGCCAGACUGGGGUGCAUCCAGAGACAAAGCUGCUUCCACGUGCUCAAGGAUUCAGACGGCACACUAGCUCUGGGAGGAGUCUGACCAAAAAUUAUGCCGCCUCUGCGGGAAGCCUCCUGACUCCCCCCACGAGAAAUGGUCCCAGAGUCCCGGUCGCGCCCUUUCCCUUGUGGGGCACAGCUGGCCUGGGCCUCCUAUUCUGGGCCAGGGCUUUCCUGGGUGUGGCCUUGACCUCAGAAGUGGCUCUGGUUUGGCCCCAGGAGUAUGUGGCCUGGCCCAGCCUGCAGCCUCCUGGCAAGCCCUUGGUGCCACUAACCCCCCAGCGCCGCCCCCCUCCCCGCCGCUUCUGCCAAAACUGCACAGACAUGCAUUGUCAGGCCACUUGUGGCCUCCAGUGUACACACCUGUUUACGUCAUCUGUCCCACCGUCAAAACCAGCCCCUUGUGUGUGACUAGUUUCGCUUCGCAAGUCUUGGUGUGUAACUGUGGUAAGGGGAUUGUCCUGUGUGAGCGAGCCUAUGCCCUGCACACUGGGCCCCUGUGUAUUUAUCGCUGCCUGAAUGCAACAGUAAUUUAUAUCUGGGACAAAUACAGACUGGGCAUCACUGUCC